CCCAGCCCGCCUGUUUCUUUGCAUGCAGCUCACUCCACAGCCUUCAAAGAUCACACAAGAUUCAAGAAUUCUACAAGCCAAGGGGAGCAAGUCAAUGAGCAGCACCAGAGAUAACCCAAAGGUGAGUUGGCAGGAGACAGCAUUACAUUAUAGGGAAAUCUUACCUUAAAAACCUUCUUCUUGCUACAUGAUCUGAAAACUAAAUGUGCUCUCUGUCAUCUGUUUUGCUUAUAACAUAUUUACUUGUUGAGAUUUUUUGGUUUGUUUCUGAAGAAAGAAUGAACCAUCUUCUCGUGUUUAGAAACCUAUACAUCAAGUUAGACCGAAAUACCUUUUAAUCAUCACUAGACCUGUACCAAGUAAAUCAGGUAAGAAGCUGAAAUUUUACUUUCUUAUUUUAUUUCCCUAGAUAUAGAACCUCCUUUGACACACCAUUAUUUAAAAAACAAAACAAAAGAACACUGAAGGAAAAAGAAAGGUCGAAUGAAAUCUUCUAGAAAGGCAAUGCAGCAAAGGACUUUCUCAAUACUAAUAACUUUUCAGGAAUUCCUUAACCAGCUUGUCAUCCCUUUGGCUCUCAGCAGCGGGUUCCCUCCCAGCAUUAAAAGGACUGGCAAUGCUUCAUGCCAGGACGGGGACCCUGCAGGAGAGCAGCACACUGUGGGCUCAGGACACCAUUUUGUAGAGAGCAGUGCCUCUGUGCAGCUCCGGCUUAUCAGUGUAACCCCUCAUCUGUUGUAACCCCACUUGAAUCUGGGGGCUUGAGAGCCCAGUGCUACCCCCAGCAAAACCCCGAGCCCUGCUGCUGCUGCAGGGGCUGAGCUCCCAGGCACUGAACUGGGAGCAGCGUCACUGGGGAUGCUUCUCCCUGCAAUGUAACCAAGCAGUUUACUGGACUGUUUACCUGGCAUCAGCAUGUCCUUACAGAGCAAACUGCCAUCCUGCUCUUCCUUUCUAAGAAUUGCUAGUUUUUAUGCAAGAAUUAUUUUUCCACUCUGCUGAUCUAUGUCUCAAACUACAGGGCAAGAGAGCUUACCUCUGAAAUGCCAGGGAAGCGGCUUGGUCUGUAGAACAGGAACUUACACUGUCCACCUGAUGACAGGCUGCCAGAUCCAAAAUGAAACAGCAUCAGUGUCAGUAACUCAUGGUUUAUUUACAGACAACAUCUGCCGUGACAGAUUUGGCUGCAAGAAAGAACCAGGUAUCCCUGCGCAUUUGGAUUUGGAGAAGAAACCACUGUACAUUUGCUGCGCCUCUGCAGCAGACAGCAGUUUACCAGCUGCGUAUACCCGGAGACAUGAACGACACCUGUACCAACAGCAGCAUCAACCCCAGAGUAGAGCUGUUCCAGCUGAUCAUGUACACUCCCACGUUUAUCCUGGGACUGCUGUUCAAUGUGCUGGCCCUCUCGUUCCUGUUUUUUCCAGCUAAAAAGCUGUCAGAACCGACAGUCUACCUGAUAGCCCUUAUUUUCCUGGAUACUUUGCUGCUCUUCACUCUUCCUUUUAAAAUUAUUUCCUAUCACCUUCAGGACAAGUGGAAACUGGGGGCUGUGUUUUGUUCCAUCUUGGAGAGUCUUUACUUUAUAAAUAUGUAUGGCAGCAUCCUCAUCUCCCUCUGCAUCUGCGUAGAUCGCUACAUCGCCAUCCAGCACCCUUUCAUGGCUCCCACCCUGCGCUCCACCAAGAAAGCUGCUCUGGUUUGUGUUGUCAUCUGUCUGGGCAUCUCAGCUGGGGCUGUGUCUACAUCCCGGUUUCACGAGGAGAGCUACAAUAUCUCAUCCUGCUUCCACAACUUCUCCAACAGCACAUGGGAAAACAAAGGCCUGAUAAUCACCCUGGAGAUGAUGUUCUUUGGCAGCAUGGUGGCCAUGGCCUUCUGCACCAUUCAGAUCAUCAGGUGUCUGAGAAACCACAGAAAAUCAGAGAACUCCCAGACACACAUGACCAGAGCAGAGAAGGUUGUAGUGACAAACUUUGUCACAUUUUUGGUCUGUUUCACACCUUACCAUGUGAUGUUCUUCCUGUACUUCUUGGUGAGGAAUAGCAUCGUGCACAUCCCUUGCCACACUGUGCUACGGGAUGUCCUUCAAGUCACCCUUUGCUGGGCUAAUCUGAACUGCUGUCUGGAUGCAGUCUGUUAUUAUUUUGUUUUAAAGGAGUCUGCGGACGGUUUGUUGCAAAACAAAGAGAGAAAUCACCCAGAAGAAAGCUUUGAUCCAAACACUGAACGUUAGUUACUCCACCUGAUGAGUGGAGAUGAUACCAUGAAAGGUGCAGGACCCUGAACUUCUUUUCUAAAUCAUUUACUUUAAACACUCAGAUGUGAAAAUGUUUCAUAAAAGGAACAGAACUCAGCCCAUUCCCAGGACUCGUAGCUUAUUUGCUUCCCUUCCACAAUGCUUUGUGUUGUCAUUUAUGGAUAAAAAGAAUUGAAAUUA